GGAACUUUAUCCAAUGAAAAGAGCGGGAAAGUGCCGGGAAUUCUUCCUCUGCCUGCUUCCUCGGUCUUACCCGCUACCGCCUUUCGCAAAGAGGGGCUGCCGCGCCCACCCACCAUCCACACGUACACUUUCUUCAGAGAUGUUUUUCCUCAACUUAAUUGCUAUAUCUAAUUAGGAGUCUAAACAUCAAAUGCUAGUGAUUACUUCUCUGCUAAUGCCUGUCAUGAACACCGGACAAAGAAAGAAAAAGUGGGAAGAAAGAGUAAAGGACAUCGAAAAGCUUGCAUCUUGGUAUAAAGAAAGGCCUCUCAGCUCACGUUACAGACCACAGCUGUCCAAACCGUGGCAACCAUCUUCAGUUUGGAAGCUGUUUCAUCGGCAGUCUCAAGCAUUUGAUUUUGUCAAGACUUGUAAAGAGGUACCAUUGUAAAUUAUUGCGAAGGCUGUUCAUGUAUUUGCUUUGGAAAAGGAUGCUGAAAACAAGCAGAGGUUUUACCUUGUGACAACAUACACAGAGCUUUGGUUUUAUUACAGACAUAAUAGAACAAGUCUUAUGCACAGCUAUGAAGUUAUUCCUGAAGAUGCAGUUUGCAAACUUUACUUUGAUUUGGAAUUCUGUAUACCAACAAAUCAAGGUGCUGACGGGAAGCACAUGGUAGCAGACUUAAUAGAGUUUGUCUGUGAAAAAUUGGAAGAGCACUAUGGAGUAAAAUGUGCAGCUGAAGAUGUUUUAAAUUUAGAUUCCAGCACUGAAGAAAAGUUUAGUUGCCAUUUAAUAUUUCAACUCCACAAUGCUGCAUUUAGAAAUAAUAUUCAUAUAGGUAACUUUGUAAGAACAAUUUUGCAGCCUGCUAUGCUCUUAAUUAAGAAUAAAGAUGUGAUGGUUCCAGAAAAACAGGUCAGCUCUACUGUUCAGUCUUUCAAAGCUUCCACCGAUUUGCCUAGUAGUCUUGAACACCAGACUCUAACCCAUGAUGGAUCUGAAAACUGGCACCUGAAUACACACAGAACACUGGAAAAGGAUUCUCAACAGAAGGAAAAUCCAGAUCUUUCUUUUCUAGUAGUGAAUAGUAAACAUGGUAGAAAGCAACUGUUUGUGGAUCUCGGUGUUUAUACAAAGAACAGAAACUUCCGGCUAUACAGGGCAUCAAAAGCAGGAAACCAUAUAAUUUUGGACAUUGCUGAAGAUAAUAAGUUUGUUCCCAGACCUGUAAAGGAUACUUCCACAGAAGAGCAAUAUUUCCUUUUUUCUUUGAUCUGUAAUGUCAGAUUUUCAAACAGUUUGAAAAUUCUGUCCUGUAGCAAUCCAGAGGAGACCAGAAAAAAGACUGUUUGUUUAGAUGGCAACGUCCCUAGUCACCUUCCAGGCACCAUAGGAGGAUACCAGUGUUCGCCUUAUCCAGAAAUUGAUAACUUUGUUCUCUCUUUAGUCAAUAAAGAUAAUGUUAAAGGAGGGAUACGACGAUGGAAUUAUUUUUCUCUUGAACAGCUUCUUGUGUAUGACAUCUCCAACUACCGCUGGUGCAAAAAUAUUGGCAGAGCUCACAAAAGUAACAAUAUAAUGAUCGUAGUAGAUCUGAAAAGGGAGCUUUGGUAUCAAAAGUGUCAUGAUCCUAUUUGCAGAACAGAAAACUUCAAAUCAGAGAGUUCUCCGUUACCAGCUGAGGCAUGCCUCCAGUUCCUUUACAAAGAGGAUGAAGAAUAUGUAUAUACAAUGGAUGAAAAUGGGAACAUAGAAGAAAAAGCAAAUAUAUAUUAUAAUCCUCUGGGUUUGACAGACAACAUUUCUUUAACAGCAGCACAAGAAGACAGGGAGCCAAGCACCAAGAAAAGUUUGAGUGUCAAGUGGGAUGAUGAUAUGGAUGACAUCUGUUUUUUAGAAGCUUGUGAGGAUGUGGAACUAGCUGAAGCAGCUGAAAACUUUCAGCCCCAGAGGAACUGGCAUAUGGAUGAAAUACCAGAUGACCUUCUAAUAGAUGCUUUAAGCAAACAUGAAGUUGAUAAAAUAAAGGGAUAAAUCUA